CAGCGGCUGCGAGCUAUGACCUCUUCUGCCUUCCCGUGUACGAAUGAAGCCGUCGGCCGAUGAAACCGUGUCCGUGAACGGCGACUACCCACCCAACUUCUUUCCACAGCACCGCCCCCCCCCCGCAACAACAAUCUCCUCUUCUUCGUUCUUCUCUUCCACGGUUUCCUCCAAAGUCAUCUCCAGCCUGUUCAUGGCUUCUAAACGGUGCCUCCCUCUCCUUCCUCUUCUCCUUUCUUCUUUGAUCUUGUGUCUCGCAUCGGCAUCGGCAUCGACUUUUCCUCCGAGGCGGCGGCUUCUAGAUACCAAUCCCCCACCUUCGGUCCCCAAGAACAUCCAGACCUUUUUCCCAUCCCUUCCUUCCCCGGCCUUCCAGAAUAUACCUCCUCCGCCGGCGGCCCCGCCAUCGCUUCCACCAGCGCCUCCGCCGACUGUGUUGAAGACGAGCAACAGUAACGUGAAGAAGGCGGUUGCAAUCACUGCGGCCAGUAGCUUCGGCCUCUGCGGCCUCCUUUUCGUGACUUUCCUGUUCUUAUCGGUCAGGCAACGAAAGGUGGAAGUUGGCAAUGGCGGAAAUAGCACCCUCAACGAGCGCCUCCAGUCCAAACCAAAGCUCCAGCCUACAAGAAGUCUUAUUGUUGAUGAGAAUGGAUUGGACGCCAUCUACUGGCGAGAGUUCAACCAGAAGAGGUGCCAACACUGUCACCACGUAUUGGAUCCGUCCGGCCUCAUCGAGGAGAAAGAAGGAGGAGUCGCUGAUCAUUCGCCCCCGAGAAACGACCGGAAGAUUCAAGAGAAGCCAUUGCUUCCCGCUGGUUCCAUCCGUUCCUCGUCGCAGUCAUUUGCUUCGGAGCAGAGCUCGGCGUCACCGUUCUCCGCGGCUGCUGCGCCCAUGCGGAGGAGUUCGAAGCAUGUUGCUGCCUCUGAACAGCAAUCGUUGCCUCCGCCGCCUGGUAGAUUGACAUCGUCGUCAUCACCCCAACAUCCGCCACCGCCGCCAUCGCACUCGCCACCGCAGGCCAGUAACUCGGCGCCACCAGGCCCACCUCCGCCUCCGCCUCCACCGCCACCAGCAAUGAAGUCGAGCGCAGCACCUCGACCACCUCCUCCUCCUCUGCCACCAGUGAGAAAAUCGAAUGCGGUUCCUCCACAGGGGACGAAGUCAAACACAUUGGCUCCGCAAUCCGCACCUCCACCGCCCCCACCACCCGGCGGCAGCCGUCCAUCCAGCGGUCCAUCUUCGAGGCCACCGCCCGUACCGGGACAAUCAUCGGCGGCCAUCGGAGCGGAAGGCGGGCCGAAAAAGCUGAAGCCAUUGCACUGGGACAAGAUGAACCCAAUUAACCCCCAGCAUUCAAUGGUCUGGGAUAAGAUCACCGACGGCUCAUUCAAGUUCGAUGAAGACAUCAUGGAAGCUCUCUUUGGCACGAUGGCCACCAACAAGAAAUCCUCGAACGCGGCCAAAGACCAGGGCAAAGGCGCCGCCUCAUCCACCAAUGGCGGCCCCGUCACUCCCACGCAGAUCUCCUUGCUCGACUCACGCAAGUCGCAGAACAUCGCUAUCGUGCUCCGCUCCCUGGCCCUGAGCCGUCAGGACAUCCUCGACGCCCUCGUCGAGGGUCGUGGCCUUCCCGCCGACGUCCUCGAACGGCUCACCAAGAUCGCACCCACCAAGGAUGAGGAAGCCUUGAUUCGAGACUACACCGGCAACCCUGCGAAGCUCGCCGACGCCGAGUCCUUCCUCUUCCACAUCCUGCGUGCCGUCUCCUCGCCCUUUCUGCGCCUCGAAGCCAUGCUCUUCCGGACCAAUUACGAGCACGAGGUGGCGCACCUGAAGCAGUCUCUUCAAACGCUGGAACUGGCGUGCAAGGAGCUCAAGAGCCGUGGCCUGUUCUUGAAGCUACUGGAAGCGGUCCUCAAGGCCGGCAACCUCAUGAACGCCGGCACGGCCAGGGGCAACGCGCAGGCCUUUAACCUCUCGGCGCUCUGCAAGCUGUCCGACGUGAAGAGCACUGACGGCAGCACGACGCUGCUCCACUUCGUGGUGGAGGAGGUCAUCCGGUCGGAGGGCAAGCGGCUGGUGGUCAACCGCAACCACAGCCUGCGCCAGUCCGGCAUCAGCGGUCCGACGCUCGACCGGACGAUGAGCCGUGCCGCGAGAGAAGAAAGGGAGAAGGAGUACAUAAAGCUGGGACUACCGAUCGUGGGCGGGAUCAGCGACGAGUUCGCCAACGCGAAGAAAGCAGCCGGCAUAGACUACGACGUGCUUGCCGGGACGUGCGCGUCACUCGGGGCGCGCCUGGCGGAGAUCAGGAGAUUCGUGGACACAUGCAACGGCGACGGAUUCGUGAUUGAGAUGCGAGCGUUCAUGGGCGGGGCGGAGGAGGAGCUGAAGGCGGUGAGGGGAGAGCAGGCCCGGGUUCUGGAGCUGGUGAAGAGCACCACGGAGUACUACCAGCCCGGAGCAUCCAAGGACAAAGGGAGCCACCCGCUUCAGCUGUUCGUGAUCGUGAGGGACUUCUUGAACAUGGUGGAUAAGGCCUGCGUGGACAUUGCCAGAAACCUGCAGAGGAGGAGGCCGGCGGACGCAGGGUCGGCGUCCAAGGCGGGUUCGAAAGCGGUGUCGGUGGCGGCCGAUCAGGGUUCGGAGAGCGGCAGGAAACCGAUGGCGAGAUUUCCAUACUUGCCGCCAAACUUCAUGUCGGAAAAUUCCAAGUCGGACUCGAGCAGCGACGACGAUGACGGGCCGUCGUGACGGGGAAGAGGAGGAGGCAGCAGCAGAGUGGCUGCUUGUGUGCUAAGAUUCGUGUCGAGAAUGAUUGAUUAACAUUGUUGAUUGAUUUUUCUUUUUUUGGGUUAAAUUAAUUAAAUUCUGUAAGUAGUGUCAACGUUGUUUUCGAUUCACAAUUCCAAAGUGUAGAAAAAUAUUAGUUUGAUGAUAUGUAUUCAUCUUUAUUUUUGAA